AUGUCUUUAUUUAUUUUUUCUCGCUGGCUUCUUUCUUUUUUUCUUUCUAAAAUUUUCUCGGAUUUUUUCUGUCUUAUUUUUCUCUAUGCCUAUUUUUCCUUCUCUAUUUUUCUAUUUUUCACCCUCACUUAUUUUUCUACCUUCUAUUUCUCUUCUUCCCGCUCUCCUUCAACUCUCGUUUUCUCUCGACUCUACACUUUUCUUUCCUCUUAUAUUAAUUUAAUCUUCCCCCUCUCCAUCACACGUCUUUUUCUCCUGCUAUUCCUAUUUUCUCCCAUUUCAUGUUUGUCGCUUCUUUCUUCCUUUCUUUCUUUCUUUCUUUCUUUCUUUCUUUCUUUCUUUCUUCUUCAAUGCUUUCCCCGUUUGAUCUUCACAAUAUUAUCUUCUCCCUCCUUCAUUGUCUUUCACCUCUUACUUUUCUUCUUCAACACUUCCUCCGCUUGUGCUUCCAUAACUCUUUUUUUCAUUUCUCCUCUUUUAUCUUCCUACCACUUUUUUUCUCUGCCUCCUCUUCAACCCUCAUUUUCUUCCUAUUUUUCUUACGUCUCUCACUUCACCAUUCCGUUCUUUCUCUACAGCGUGCUUCUUUUAAUUUUUCUCUUUUUCUUUCUACUUCCUUUCAUUUUCCUCUUCUUUCUUUCAUUGUUAUCGUCUCCUCUCUUUCUUUCUUUCUUUCUUUUUGUCUUUCCUUCUUUUUUCUUUAUUCUCAAUCUUCUUUCUUUCUUUUCUUUUCUUUCUUUUUUCUUUAUUCUCAAUCUUUCUUUUUCUUUCUUUCUUUAUUCUCAAUCCUUCUUUCUUUCUUUUUUCCUUUUUGUCUUUCUUUCUUUUUAUUCUCAAUCUUUAUUUCUUUUCUUUUCUUUCUUUCUUUUUUAUUCUCAAUCUUUCUUUCUUUUUCUUUCUUUCUUUCUUUCUUUAUUCUCAAUCAAUCUUUCUUUCUUCUUUAUUCUCAAUCUUUCUCUCUUUCUUUUUCCUUUUUUGUUUUUCUUUUUUCUUUAUUUUCAAUCUUUCUUUCUUUCUUUCUUUCUUUAUUCUCACUCUUUCUUCUUUUUUUCUUUCCUUUUCUUUAUUCUCAAUCUUUCUUUCUUUCCUUUUCAUCUAUCUAUCUAUCUAUCUAUCUAUCUAUGCCUAUCUAUCUAUCUAUCUAUCUAUCUAUCUAUCUAUCUAUCUAUCUAUCUAUCUAUCUAUCUAUGUAAGCCUUUUCAGCUAUCUAUCUAUCUAUCUAUGUAUGUAAGCCUUUUCAUCUAUCUAUCUAUCUAUCUAUCUAUCUAUCUAUCUAUCUAUCUAUCUAUCUAUCUAUCUAAGCCUUUUCAUCUAUCUAUCUAUCUAUCUAUCUAUCUAUCUAUCUAUCUAUCUAUCUAUCUAUGUAAGCCUUUUCAGCUAUCUAUCUAUCUAUCUAUCUAUCUAUCUAUCUAUGUAUCUAUGCCUUUUCAUCUAUCUAUCUAUCUAUCUAUCUAUCUAUCUAUCUAUCUAUCUAUCCUUUUCAUCUAUCUAUCUAUCUAUCUAUCUAUCUAUCUAUCUAUGUAUGUAAGCCUUUUCAUCUAUCUAUCUAUCUAUCUAUCUAUCUAUCUAUCUAUCUAUCUAUCUAUCUAA